UUUCAGUACUGUUAUGUUUACCCUUUUGUUCACCACUAUGUGUCAGAAGUGCUCAUCAGAACAUAACAUAUAGUAGAGAAAGACCACAGUGGAGUAAACAGGUGGCAUGCACCACCCAAUUUGAGAAAAACAUGGCCAAGAGCAUACUAGUGCCCAUGGCCAGUAGUAGAGGAUAGUGCUCACUUUCCUUUCCUAAUAUUACAUUCCUCUAGAAGACAAAGUGGUGGCUCAUCAUCUUCAUCCAGUCGGGGAUUGUGCUGAGUCCAGGCUGGAUUUCAACCCUGGUACAACAAAAAUUUAGAAGAAGCUAAAAGAAUUGGGAUAAAGAAAGCUAUUACAGCUAACACUUCUGUGCUUUCUAUGCUGCUUUCCUGUUGAUGUAUGCAUCAUAUACUCUGACAUUCUGGUAUGGGACCUCCUUGGUCCUCUCAGGAGAAUAUUCUAUUGGGCAAGUACUCACUGUCUUCUUUUCUGUAUUAAUUGGGGCUUUUAGUGUUGGACAGGCAUCUCCAAGCAUCGAAGCAUUUGCAAACGCAAGAGGAGCAGCUUAUGAAGUCUUCAAGAUAAUUGACAACAAGCCAAGCAUUGACAGCUAUUCGACGAGAGGGCACAAACCAGAUAAUAUUAAGGGAAAUUUGGAGUUCACAAAUAUUCACUUCAGUUACCCAUCUCGAAAAGAAGUUCAGAUCUUGAAAGGCCUCAACCUGAAGGUUCAGAGUGGGCAGACGGUGGCCCUGGUUGGGAACAGCGGCUGCGGGAAAAGCACGACAGUCCAGCUGAUGCAGAGGCUCUACGACCCCACGGAGGGCGUGGUCAGCAUCGAUGGACAGGACAUUAGGACCAUGAACGUAAGGUAUCUUCGGGAAAUUACUGGUGUGGUGAGUCAGGAACCUGUGUUGUUUGCCACCACAGUAGCUGAAAACAUUCGCUAUGGCCGUGAAAAUGUCACCAUGGAGGAGAUCAAGAAAGCUGUCAAGGAAGCUAAUGCCUAUGACUUUAUCAUGAAACUGCCUAAUAAAUUUGACACCCUGGUUGGAGAGAGAGGGGCCCAGCUGAGUGGUGGACAGAAACAGAGAAUCGCCAUCGCACGAGCCCUGGUUCGUAACCCCAAGAUCCUCCUGCUGGACGAGGCCACAUCAGCCUUGGACACUGAGAGUGAAGCAGUGGUUCAGGCGGCCCUGGACAAGGCCAGAAAAGGCCCGACUACCAUUGUGAUAGCUCAUCGAUUGUCUACAGUUUGAAAUGCUGAUGUCAUCGCUGGUGUGGAUAAUGGAGUCAUUGUGGAGGAAGGCAAUCAUGGUGAACUCAUGAAAGAGAAAGGCAUUUACUUCAAACUUGUGACAAUGCAGACAAGAGGAAAUGAAAUUGAAUUAGAAAAUGCAAUUGGUGAAUCCAAAGGUGAAAUUGAUGCCUUGGAAAUGUCUCCAAAAGAUUCAGAAUCAAGUCUAAUAAGAAAAAGAUCAACUCGCAAGAGUAUCCGUGAACCACCAGGCCAGGAGGGAAAGCUUAGUACAACAGAGGGCAUGGUAUGGAGGAGGAUGUCGAGUUCUGGCUUCAACCCUCCUGUUGUAGCUUCCUCAUUUGGUGGGCUAGGGUGGAGUUGGGAGAGGGAACAAGAAAGGGUUAUCCAGAAUCCUCCUGUCCUAUCCCCUAGAGUGUUCCACAAACCACAAUCUCAACAGUUUAGACUCGGUUUAGCAUUUAUGACUGAGAUUUAUAGGACAAGAAUUUUAGAAUUAGAAUUUAUAAUAUAAAGAGACAGACCAUAAUGGUUCUUCAAAUAUAAACAUUUCUAGUCUGUUUAUCCCUUCUCGUAAAUAUUCGUCAUGUUCCAAAUGUUGGGUAAAAGUUAAAUGUUUGUAGAAUCAUCAUUUAUUUCUUAAAAAAUAAAGGAAUAAUAUAACAGACUUUCAGUACUUUUUUUAAGCUAAAUUGCCAUCAGUUGAUAAGGAAAUGGGAAUAGGCUAUGGUCAUUUAUGCAGGGGCUGGCCCAGUG